UAGUAAUUUCACAGAGAGCGCUAGGGUUUCAGAGCGACGAAGCGAGAGAGAAAGAGUAUUGCUCCGCCAAGAUGGGUAUUUCCAGGGAUUCUAUGCACAAAAGGCGUGCCACUGGUGGCAAGAAGAAAGCUUGGAGGAAGAAGAGAAAGUAUGAGCUUGGUCGCCAGCCAGCAAACACUAAGCUAUCAAGCAACAAGACAGUCAGGAGGAUUCGUGUUAGAGGUGGAAAUGUGAAAUGGAGGGCACUGAGAUUGGAUACUGGAAAUUUUUCAUGGGGAAGUGAAGCUGUAACUCGCAAGACUCGUUUACUAGACGUGGUCUACAAUGCCUCAAACAAUGAGCUUGUGCGAACUCAGACUCUUGUCAAAAGUGCUAUUGUACAGGUUGAUGCUGCUCCAUUCAAGCAGUGGUACCUUCAGCACUAUGGUGUUGAAGUUGGUAGGAAAAAGAAAACAGCUGCCAAAAAGGACUCUACAGAGGAGGGUGAUGCUGCUGCAGAGGAAACCAAAAAGAGUAACCAUGUGCAGAGAAAACUGGAGAAACGCCAGAAAGAUCGUAACCUUGAUCCCCACAUUGAAGAGCAGUUUGGUGGUGGGCGAUUGCUGGCCUGCAUUUCUUCUAGACCUGGUCAAUGUGGCAGAGCUGAUGGCUACAUUCUGGAAGGUAAGGAGCUGGAAUUUUACAUGAAGAAAAUCCAGAGGAAGAAGGGGAAGGGUGCUGCUUGAUUGUAGUGUUUCCCAAAUUUUUAUGUGCUUUUAGUUGUUUUUAUUCGGAGCUGAUCAAUAUUGUGCUCUUAAUUUUUGUGAGAGAAUAGUUCAAGAAUAUUAUAAUUAUUUAUUAAUUAUAAUUACAGUACUAUGUGUGUCUC